AUGGAAGCCACACAGACGCCGUAUGGCCCUGCACGGGUCCCGAAACACUUUGUCCUGUGCUUUGAUGGGACUGGAAACAAAUUUAGCGGCGAUCAGUCGGAUAGCAAUGUUCUCAAGAUCUUUCGGAUGCUCGAUCGGAGUAAGAGCCACCAGUUCCACUACUACCAACCUGGUAUCGGAACCUACGUAACAAGCAAGUCCCUUUCUAGCCAUGGGCGAAUCCAAAAGAUCAAAUCGGCAUACUUCAAAGCUAAAGACUCCGCCGUUGGCUCUUCUUUUGAUGAGCAUGUGAUGGGCGGUUAUAAGUUCCUCAUGAGAUACUACCAAACUGGUGACGAUAUCUAUUUCAUCGGGUUUAGUAGAGGAUCUUAUAUCGCGCGUUUUCUAGCCGAGAUGCUCGACUAUAUCGGCUUACUCGAAGCCGGAAAUGAGGAGCUAGUUCGAUUCGCCUGGAAGACGUUCGCCAAAUGGCAGCAGCGACGGGACGACAAUAAGGAGGAAAAGGAAGAGAAGAAGAAACUGUUCCGCUACAUGAAGGCGUUCCGCGAAACGUUCAGUCGUCCUAUCAGUAGGAUCAAGUUUAUGGGCCUAUUUGAUACGGUCAAUAGCGUUCCAAGGUUUGAAUCAGCAUGGAUGGAGAGAAGUAAAUUUCCUUAUACCGCCCGAAGCUCGGCUCUAGUCAUUCGACAUGCGGUCAGCAUCGACGAGCGACGAGCCAAAUUCCGCCAAGAUUUGAUUUCUGAAAUCAGGCCAUGGCAUGAUAAGAAGCAUCCCAUUCAAGAGCGAGGACGACAGUAUAUGCAACACCUCCGUCACCCCCUGGCGGGCCGCAAGAAUGGAAAUGGAAAUGUGCCCGUGCUCAGGAUCAACAGCGACAAUAUUGGUACGGACGAUGGCGCACCACCCGCCAAACACGAUGAGGAAGAAACAGCAUCCGUCUAUCGUAGUGCCCACGCCUCUCACGAGAAUCUUCAUGAUAGCCACCCAUACCGUGCAAGCAACCUUGCAGUGCCCGGAAGGAGUCUGAACCUCGCGGUGCCUAUACCCACGGAGUCAACCGAGGACCUAAGCUCUAUCAGAAGUGGACAGUCUGGGCAGUUGUCGCUUAAUAUACAGCUCGCAACAGGCCAAUUUGAUGAAGAGGACGAGAGAAAACAGGACAUACAAGAAGUUUGGUUUCCUGGCUGUCACGCUGACAUUGGAGGAGGAUGGAAACGUGCAAAAGGCGAGGCUUGGCCACUGAGUCACGCGCCCUUGGUGUGGAUGGUCCAGGAAGCGAAAAAGGCCGGGCUGCAAUUUGACCCGAAGAAAUUGAAGCAGUUCGAAUGCGACGAAGAAUACGAUGGCGAAUAUACCCCAAUCAACGAACACAGCCAAUGGCACCCUCGGCACGAAUUCUGUCGCGAUCCUAUUCACAACAAAGCUGUGAACGGCCAACACAUGCUCAAGCUAGCCGGUGAUGAGCGAAAGAAGGAUGCUUCCGCGCCAAGUAACCGCUUCCACGAUGCCCUUGUUGCUUCCAGCACGGAUGGCUUCUUGCACGACUGUCUGGAAUUCAAUGCCGGCUUACCGGCACUCUCCGUCAUAAGCUGGCGCAUAAUGGAAUACCUUCCAUUCCGUCGGAUGGACCUCCAGACAGACGGCUCAUGGAAGCCAAUCCGCUGGCCCCUCCCUUGCGGAGAGGUUCGCGACAUUCCCGACGAUGCUCAGAUCCAUGUCUCCGCACUGCGUCGCAUGCAGACGAAUCCCAAUUACCGCCCCGGUAAUUUGAUCAAGGGCGGAGGCGGGCGCGGUGUCAAGGUAGCACCGAAAGAAUUAGGGAUUGGGCAAUGGGAGCUAAAAGCCCAUGGGGGCGACCUUGUGCGGGAGACAUAUGUGCGGAAGAAGAAUAAGGACGCGACAAUGUGUGAAGAUGAAUGCCAUCAUUAA